AACAUAGAUCCAGGACCUAGAUCUCCACAGUUAUGAUAAAAUUUUAGUUUCAAAUUUACUUACUCUACAGUACUUCUACUUAAAAGAACAUCUAUUAAUCGUAAGCAAACUCUCGAGAGAAGCACAAUGUUUUGUUUUGUUUUGUUAUGAUCUCAAAGAAACAGUAAGACAGGCGAGACAACCCACCAUUAUCCUGGUUUGCUGGUUCCUGAUGACGAAUCGAAUGCACUAGGAAAGACAAACAAUCUGGGUCUCAUCACUCUCGUUCUCACUCGAUGCUUUCCUUAGAAGUGGAUAAUCGUGCCAUGUGUAGACAUGCAACUUGGAGCAUAGAACGCCAUCAUGGCACCGUGUUUUGUUCCGUUCGUACGGAGGAAGUGACUUGUGUACAUUCAGCAUUGGUGGAGUAAUCAAGCUGUUGUUGGGUUCGUCUUUCAGUUGAGUGUGAUGUUAGCUUUAGCGAACUGUGCGCUGAUGUGCGGGUGAUCGUUUCUGACUUGCCGUCUCAAGAUUGGAUUGGUGCACACAAGUUAGAUGAGAUCGACCUUGCACAAAAUCUCUCGUAUACCUAGAGAGAGGGCUGCAUGGUUGUGGACCUAUUUAGCGCCGGUGGCAAUCCGACCAGGUGGUGUCAAGUUCGAUCGUCCUGUGGAAUCUAGAGAAGGUGGAGUAAGAAGCAGAUUCUGCGGAUGUUUAAUUAACUGAAGUUUUUUACUACUUUUAAGGGAAGAGCGGCAGUUCUAUGGACGCCUAAGAAUAGAGAGCGAAAAACUUCGAACGUAACACAAGAUGGCGGACAACCUGGAAGAAUUCAUUCCCGUCUUCACAUCCCUUGCUGAGAUUUACGGAGAAGGUCCUUUUCUUGAGGAACAAUUCCGUCGGUAUGCGAACCUGAAGCAGCAGUUCGUGCACCAUUAUGGCCGUGACCCUGAACUCUUUGCGCGUGCUCCAGGGAGAGUGAAUCUAAUAGGAGAGCACAUCGAUUACGAGGGUUAUUCCGUGCUUCCAAUGGCAAUUCGCCAAGACACGGUGGUUGCUAUCGGUAGGCGAGAGGAGGACCCUCCGACUUUGCAAAUUGCUAAUGUCAACUCUUCAGAAUUUCAGGCUUGCUCUUUCUCAGCGGACCCUUCCCAGGAAGUGGAUAGAGCGAAUCACGUUUGGGCAAAUUACUUCAUUUGCGGAUAUAAGGGAGUGUUUGACUAUCUAGCGGCCAAAGGCGACGGUGUUCAACCCGUUGUCGGGCUAAAUGCUGUUGUUGACGGCAUAGUUCCAAUUGGGGCUGGCUUAUCGAGUUCGGCAGCUAUUGUCUGUUCUUCUGCAAUUGCUAUACUGACGGUGCUAGGGUACUCGAGCUCUAAGCAAGAUGUGGCAGAUUUUGCCUGCACAUGCGAGCGGCACAUCGGUACACAGUCAGGUGGAAUGGACCAGGCAAUCUCCGUGAUGGGGGAGCGUGGUGCAGCAAAGCUGAUAGACUUCAACCCCGUUCGGGCUAGUGAUGUUGUGCUGCCCAAAUCUGGGUCAUUCGUGGUUGCAAAUUCUCUCACGGAGUCUAAGAAAGCUGAGACUGCUUCCACUAACUACAACAACCGCGUCGUAGAAUGCCGCUUGGCUGCGAUGGUGUUGGCUGUGAAGCUUGGGAUGCGACUUGAGGAGGCCAGGACUUCUGUCCACACACUCUCCGACGUGGAGGGUCUGUGUGCCAAAUAUGCUUCUGCCCACGGCUCUUCCAGCCCUGUUGUGGCUGUUGAGAGGUUUUUGCAUGAAGCUCCAUACAACGCUGAAGAAAUCGAGGACAUCCUGCAAGAAAAACUAAGUUCUAUCAUGAAGAACUCACCCACCACUCUGGCUGUAUUGGCUGCUGCCACCCACUUCAAGCUCCAUCAAAGGGCCAAGCAUGUGUACACCGAAGCCAAGCGGGUACAUGAUUUUCGAGCUGUAACUGUGCAAUCUGAAAGCGAGGAGUCAGUUAUGAAGAGGUUAGGGGAGCUCAUGAACGAGAGCCAUGCGAGCUGCAGCCUUCUGUACGAAUGCAGUUGUCCUGAGUUGGAGAGCUUAGUGGGUCUUUGCCGACGUAACGGUGCAAUAGGAGCAAGGUUGACUGGAGCUGGUUGGGGUGGUUGUGUUGUUGCUCUGGUCAAGGAAGAGGAAGUGGAUUCUUUCAUCUCUGCCCUCAAGGAGACGUAUUACAAACCUCUGCUGGAAAGAGGGAAGAUCAAGGAGGAAGAUUUAGAUCUUUACGUUUUUGCAUCAAAGCCAUCUGCAGGUGCUGCAGUACUGAAAAUAUAAUUGUAUUCUUCAUUUUUUACAGGUCAUUAGUUUAUGAAGAAGCUUUUCCUCUGUGCAAGAUACACCAAAGCAAUUGCAGCCGAUUCUCUUCAAUUGUUAUUUUUACAUGCGGCGUUUCGUUUAAAGUAUUACUCUUGGCCUUAAGAAUAGAAUAAAAUACCUUUUUUACAGAUCUACUGGAAGACCUUGGCUGCUAAGUUCAAAUGUUGCAUAAGACUCACAGUAAUGAAUCAAGCAAGUCAUCUUUAAUCAU